UUAAGCUGCGACGGAAGACUGACGAGACCUUUUAACCAGAAGAAACAUUCCAACAUGACCUCCAAUUCCAGUUUAUCCAGUAUGCGACGGCUCGUGGAGCAGCUGAAGCUGGAGGCCAGCGUGGAGAGGAUAAAGGUGUCGCAGGCUGCUGCGGAGUUGCAGCAGUUUUGUCUGCAGAAUGCAGGCAGGGACGCUCUGCUGGUGGGCGUCCCUGCAGGAAGCAACCCCUUCCGAGAGCCACGAUCCUGCACGGUGGUGUGAAGUCCGCCGGCGAGGAACAUCGCUCACUCAUAAGGGACGUACGUCGAGCAGCAUCAGAAGCGUCACGUGGAAUCUUUAGGAGAAAAACAAAACUACCAGUAAAAGAACGCAAAAGAUACGCACUGAAAGUUUGUUGACUGUUUUUUUAAACAUAUAAAAUCAUUAAAAUAGUCCAUAAAUA